UCCACAUCCAUCCCCGCUCAGCCCAAGAAAAACCCAUCCGCCGGCCACCGCGACAAGAUCCCCCAUUUAUACGCAGAGCUCGCUCGUUCCUCGCCAGAGAUCACAUACACAAGUAACCAGCGCCGAUCGCAUGAGCGUUGCACAAGCAACUGCACCAGAUCGAUCGAUCCCUUGCAGUUGGCUGGAGCAAUGCCUUGCUUGGCGCACGACCGCCACCCCAGCCCCAGGCCCCCGGCCGCUAACCACUGCAAGUCCCUCUCCUGCCUCAUCCGGGAGACCUACGCGCACUGCCAUGUCCCCUGCAUCGGGAUCGCCGGCGCCGGGUGGAGCUCCGGCGACGACAGCGACGACGACGAUGAUGACAUGCUCGACACGAAACAGGUGAUACUCAACGAGAUUAGGAACCGGCAGCUGAGGAAGGAGUCGAGGUGCAGCGUGGACUCGGCGGCCCUGUCGGGCGCCUUCAUCUGGUUCUUCACCCCGCUCGACCCGAGAAGCGUUCUGGAGAAGGUCUCGAGCCCUGAGAAGCACGUCGUGGCGGGGGAGGAGAAGGGAGAGGCGGAGGCGGGCAGCGACGCCGGCGACGUGGAGAGCGAGGCCUUCUUCUCGGUGAAGAGCUUCUUCACCCGCAGCACGAGCCGGGCGGCGACCGUGGCGUCGCUGACGGACAUGGAUCCGCCGGCGACGUGGGACGGCUUCCGGGACUGCGAGGGGUGGCCGUUCGGGCUGUGCCGCCGCCCCGCCGUGCCCCCGCUGCCCAGCACGCCGGCCGACUCCUGGAAAUGGCGCAAGCAGAGCAGCGGCCGCAGCCUCGCCGCGAGCCCGCGUCCUUCUCACGGUGACAAGAUCACAGCGAGUUGAGCGGCGGCGCCGCCAUUAACAAGCAAGAACACUAUAAUUGAGCCGCCCGUGCGUUAGCAGACACGCCGACCUGCUUAGACCGGGGUAGUAUUUUUCAUGUGCUCAUCGGUAUUUCGUUUAAUAAUCUUGCACCAAAUACCGGGGAGCACACCAAUAUUACGCCCAAUCUAUAUACAGGGUGCGAGAUGUGUGACGAAGCUGGCAGGUUUUUCUGGCAUCUUUGGCGUCGUUGUUGAUUCGAGAGAGAGUGCUGUUGCUGUUGUGAUUUUGUUGUUCUUCUCCUUGAAGAAUGUGUGCGCGUAAUUAAUCGUAAUCCCAGUAACUCAGAUGCAUGUACUUUCUGAUUUU